AGAGUGUUUGACAUUUAACUAUAAAUACGGUCUGUUUUUUUGACUCUCUCUAUCAGACUGUCACUCACUUAUAUGCUAUAGCACAAAUACAAUACCACCGCAACGGCUCCACUCACUUGGCUUUUAUGCUAUCUUUCUAGAAACAUUCAUCAUCGUCAAUGGAGCUCUCCCGGAGCUUGAGGUUUCUUCUCUCGAUUUCUUUGUUUCAAGUUUUAUUUAUUCUAUCUAUAGUUCGAGCAGAGCGGUCUGAUACACGCAUGCUUUUGACUUCCGAUGGCGUGACAGGGGUGAAACAUGUCGAGGGAUAUUGUGCGAUGUAUGACAUUUGCGGAGCACGUAGUGAUGGAAAAAUAUUGAAUUGUCCUAAUGGUUCCCCAUCUGUGAAGCCAGAUGACUUGCUAUCAUCAAAGAUUCAAAGUUUGUGCCCAACAAUUACUGGCAAUGUUUGUUGUACAGAAGCUCAAUUCAACAUUUUACGGUCACAAGUUCAGCAAGCCAUUCCUUUUCUUGUAGGCUGUCCAGCAUGCUUGAGAAACUUUCUAAAUCUAUUUUGUGAGCUUUCCUGCUCUCCAAAUCAGAGUUUAUUUAUCAACGUGACUUCCGUUUCUCAGGUCAAUAAAAAUAUGACAGUGAAUGAGAUUGAUUAUUAUAUAACCGACACUUUUGGUCAAGGGUUAUAUGAAUCUUGCAAGGAUGUAAAGUUUGGAACCAUGAAUACUCGAGCUCUAGAUUUUAUUGGUUCUGGCGCUCAAAAUUUUAAAGAUUGGUUCACUUUUAUUGGUAGACGGGCUGCUCCUAAUUUGCCUGGUUCUCCUUAUCCAAUUAAAUUUUUGCCAAGUGCUCCUGAGUCAUCUGGGAUGAAACCUAUGAAUGUAACUACUUAUUCGUGUGGUGAUGUUUCACUGGGUUGUUCCUGUGGUGACUGCAGUUCAUCUCCUGUGUGCUCUAGUAAAGCACCUCCUUCUCUCCAUAAACAGGGCUCCUGUUCAGUAAGGAUUGGAUCUCUUAAGGCCAAAUGUGUCGACUUUGCUUUAACAAUCCUGUAUAUAGUACUGGUUUCUGUGUUUCUUGGGUGGGGUUUCUUUCAUCGUAAAAAAGAAAGGAACAAAACCUUUAGAAUGAAGCCACUGUUGAAUGUGAUGGAUGGUGGUGAACUCCAUCCUGUUGAUAGGCCGAAAGAUGAGAAUGUCCCCAUGCAGAUGCGUGAAGAUGCUUCUCAAACUAGAAACAGGAUUCAACUUUCAAUUGUGCAAGGAUAUAUGUCAAGUUUUUACAGGAAAUAUGGAACAUGGGUUGCUAGAAAUCCAACUCUCAUAUUGGGUUUGUCACUGGCUAUAGUUCUUCUGCUUUGUUUAGGUCUAAUCCGUUUCAAGGUGGAAACACGACCUGAGAAGCUAUGGGUGGGACCUGGGAGUAAAGCUGCAGAAGAGAAACAAUUUUUUGACGGCCACCUGGCCCCUUUUUACAGAAUUGAACAGCUAAUAUUGGCAACAAUUCCAGAUACUACACAUGGGAAGCUACCCAGUAUUGUGACAGAGAGUAACAUUAAGUUGCUUUUUGAUAUACAGAAGAAGAUAGAUGGACUUCGUGCAAACUAUUCCGGCUCUAUGAUAUCUCUGACUGACAUUUGCAUGAAGCCAUUGGACCAGGAUUGUGCCACACAAAGUGUUUUGCAGUAUUUCAAAAUGGAUCCUGACAAUUUUGAUAAUUACGGAGGAGUUGACCAUGUGAAGUAUUGUUUUCAGCAUUUUACCUCUACGGACAACUGUAUGAGCGCUUUCAAAGGCCCACUUGAUCCAAGCACUGCAUUAGGAGGUUUCUCUGGGAACAAUUAUUCUGAGGCAUCUGCAUUUAUAGUAACUUAUCCAGUAGACAACGCUAUCGAUAAAGAAGGGAAUGAAACUAAAAGAGCAGUGGCUUGGGAGAAGGCCUUUAUUCAGUUAGUUAAGGAUGAGUUGUUGCCAAUGGCACAGUCUAAAAAUUUAACACUUUCUUUUUCAUCGGAAAGUUCCAUAGAGGAAGAACUGAAAAGAGAAAGCACUGCAGAUGCCAUAACUAUACUGAUAAGCUAUCUAGUGAUGUUUGCUUACAUAUCUCUUACUCUGGGUGAUACACCUCGCUUAUCUUCCUUCUACAUUUCUUCUAAGGUACUGCUUGGUCUUUCUGGAGUUGUUCUUGUAAUGCUGUCUGUUCUUGGAUCAGUUGGUUUCUUCAGUGCAAUUGGAGUAAAAUCUACUCUAAUCAUUAUGGAAGUUAUACCUUUUCUUGUUCUAGCAGUUGGUGUGGAUAAUAUGUGUAUACUGGUGCAUGCUGUUAAGCGGCAACCACUGGAAUUGCCUUUAGAAGGGCGAAUAAGCAAUGCCCUUGUGGAAGUUGGACCAUCUAUAACACUUGCUAGUCUAUCUGAGGUUUUAGCAUUUGCAGUUGGAAGUUUUAUUCCUAUGCCAGCCUGCCGUGUGUUCUCCAUGUUUGCUGCAUUGGCUGUUCUGUUGGACUUCCUUCUGCAAGUUACUGCUUUUGUUGCUUUAAUAGUUUUUGACUUUUUGCGAGCUGAGGAUAAGAGGAUUGAUUGUUUUCCAUGCUUAAAAAUAUCUUCAUCAUAUCCUGACUCUGAUAAAGGCAUUGGUCGGAGAAAACCUGGGUUGUUGGCUCAUUACAUGAAGGAGGUCCAUGCCCCGAUUCUGAGUCUUUGGGGAGUGAAAAUAGUAGUCAUUUCUGUAUUUGUUGCGUUCGCUUUGGCUAGCAUUGCCUUAUCCACCCGGAUUGAACCUGGUUUGGAACAAAAGAUUGUUCUUCCCCGUGACUCAUAUCUUCAGGGGUAUUUUAAUAAUGUUUCAGAGCAUCUCAGAAUUGGACCGCCUCUGUAUUUUGUUGUGAAGAACUAUAAUUACAGCUCAGAAUCGAGGCAAACGAAUCAGCUUUGUUCUAUCAGCCAAUGUGAUUCAGAAUCUCUUUUAAAUGAGAUUGCAAGAGUGUCGUUAGUUCCAGAAACAAGCUACAUAGCUAAACCAGCUGCUUCAUGGCUUGAUGAUUUCCUGGUAUGGAUAUCUCCUGAAGCAUUCGGUUGCUGUCGAAAGUACACGAAUGGGAGUUAUUGUCCCCCCGAUGACCAGCCUCCUUGCUGUCCAGCUGGUCAAAGUUCUUGUGGACUGGGUGGACCAUGUAAAGACUGUACCACGUGCUUCCACCACUCAGAUUUACUUAAUGAUCGACCAUCUACUGCACAAUUCAAGGAGAAACUUCCAUGGUUCCUCAAUGCUCUGCCUUCUGCUGAUUGUGCUAAGGGUGGCCAUGGUGCAUACACCAGCAGUGUGGAAUUGAGAGGUUAUGAAAGUGGCAUUAUCCAAGCUUCAUCCUUCCGCACUUAUCAUACACCCCUCAACAAGCAGGUUGAUUAUGUUAAUUCCAUGAGGGCUGCUCGAGAGUUCAGUUCAAGAGUUUCUGAUUCGUUGAAGAUUGAUAUCUUUCCAUAUUCAGUGUUUUAUAUGUUUUUUGAGCAAUACCUCAAUAUAUGGAGAACAGCAUUGAUCAACCUUGCUAUAGCUAUAGGAGCCGUAUUUGUCGUUUGUUUAGUUAUUACAUGGAGCUUUUGGAGUUCAGCCAUCAUUUUGCUGGUGUUGACUAUGAUUGUGGUGGAUCUCAUGGGUGUGAUGGCAAUUUUGAAGAUCCAACUGAAUGCAGUCUCUGUUGUUAAUCUUAUUAUGUCCGUUGGCAUCGCUGUUGAGUUCUGUGUGCAUAUAACACACGCAUUUUCAGUAAGCAGUGGGGAUAAAGACCAACGUGUGAAAGAGGCUCUUGGUACAAUGGGUGCUUCUGUCUUCAGUGGAAUCACACUAACAAAGCUAGUUGGAGUGAUUGUUCUUUGCUUCUCAAGGACAGAAGUCUUUGUGGUUUAUUACUUCCAGAUGUACCUGGCAUUGGUACUUCUUGGUUUCUUACAUGGACUUGUAUUUUUACCCGUUGUAUUAAGCGUGUUAGGUCCGCCUUCAAGAUGUGUACUUGUGGAGAAGCAAGGAGAUAGACCAUCAGUUUCUUCACAGUAACAAGCAAUCAUCUGUUUGGUGCAUCAAAGAGGUUUCUUUUCUUUUUUUUAGUUAAGAGUAGGGUUAAAAUUCUGCAGUUUUGAUAGUCAAAUUGCAUGUAUAAACUGACGCCAUAAAAUUACAUUAAAUAGCUUCUCACACGUAAAGUGUACAAUCUUCAACGAGAAAAAGAAAAAAAAAAAAAAAAAAA